AUGUCCCCACAUUAUGACUUUCUCAUCAAGCUUCUGCUCAUUGGCGACUCGGGUGUAGGCAAAUCGUGUCUGCUGCUCCGCUUCUGCGACGAUGCAUGGACGCCUUCUUUCAUCACGACUAUCGGUAUUGACUUCAAGAUUCGGACCAUAGAGCUGGACGGCCGGCGAAUCAAGCUCCAAAUUUGGGACACUGCGGGCCAAGAACGUUUCAGAACGAUAACCACGGCGUACUACCGGGGUGCCAUGGGUAUCCUGCUUGUCUACGACGUUACUGACGAGCGCUCGUUCAACAACAUCCGCACCUGGCACGCCAAUAUCGAGCAGCACGCUUCAGAAGGCGUCAACAAGAUCCUCAUCGGCAACAAGUCAGACUGGACCGACAAGCGCGCAGUCACGGAGGAGCAAGGCCGCGAACUCGCCAACGAACUGGGCAUCAAGUUCAUGGAGACGUCCGCCAAGGUCAAUGAUGGCGUUGAAGAGGCUUUCUUCACUCUCGCGAGGGACAUCAAAGCCCGCCUUAUUGACUCGCAAGGCGGUGAUGCUGGUGCUGCGGGUGCCCCUGCAAGGAAUGGUGUGCAAAUCAACCAGCCGUCUUCCGCCAGUCAACCCGCUGGAUGCUGUUCAUGA